AUGAAGUCAGAUUUUGCUCUUGUCAGCUGUACGGAUGGAGCGCUUAAAUGGAAUGGCAUACUAAUGAGUGUUGUUCGGCGGAGCGAUCAAGUAUUACUUAAUAGAGGCUCGACUAGAAGUUCGGACGGAUCGGGCUUGAAUGUGUACUUCUUGGGAUUCGAUUCCCUCAGUCAGAUGUCAUUCAGAAGAAAAUUGCCCAAAUCUGUUCAGGUUAUAGAAGAAACCCUUGGCGCAGUUGUCUUGAAUGGUUAUAAUAUUGUUGGUGAUGGUACACCCCAAGCAUUUAUACCUAUUUUGACAGCGUCCACCGAAGAGGAACUUCCUUUGACGAGGUGAUU